AGUCAAUCAGCUGUUGAGGCAACUGCUGACUACCUCGGAACAAGGGUUGCUCCUUAGUCCUUUCUAACAAAUAUUAUUUAUCUUCCGAGUCCCAUAAGGGUGAACGAUAAAGCUCCGCAAACCAUGCAGGAUGAUUUACUGAUGGACAAAAACACAGGCCAGGCUCACCAUCAGCAAGACCCGACGCAGAUAGACCCUCCUCCGUCCGCCUCCACGCCGACCCCGUCAUCAGAGCCGUCGUCCUCCUCAUCGGGGUCGGAGAGCCCGUCCGCCGGCAGCAGCCAAGCGGCGUCCGCGCUGAGCAGCCGCACCACGGACCAAGUGUCGAUGGAGUCGCCGAUCCUGCCGGGGUUGAACUUCCACCAGCAGCCUCAGGACACGGACGGUCCCCUUUCCUCCCCUCCUUCGUCUUUCGGAAGCACUUGGUCCACGGGAAGCGCCAACGCCGUGGAAGAUGUUUUUUUCCAAGGAAUACCUUCCGUGAACGGGACGAUGCUUUUCCAGAACUUCCCCCACCACGUCAACACCGUCUUCGGGGGGAAUUUCUCCUCGCAAGUCGGCCUCGCCCCCCCGUCUCAACAACCGGCGCAGCAGCCCCAGCAGAGGCGAUCCCCCCUCAGCCCCGGCCAAGGCCCCUUCCCCCAGAGAACCGCUUAUCAGGCCGUCGUGAACGCCGCCAAGGGGCCGUCUGCCUCCGCGUCGUCGCCGGCUUGGAAUAAUCACCAGAACGCGGCGUGGAGCACCGGCUCCAGCCCGUGGAGCGUGCUGCAGGCCGGCAGGGACCCGCGCAGAGCGGUGGGCGUCGGGGUAGGGGUUCCGUCUCCCGUGAACCCCAUUUCUCCCAUGAAGAAGCCCUACGGCGCCAAUGUUAUUGCCCCCCCCAAAUUUCCGAGACCUGGCCCCCUUUCCUCCAAGGCCUGGAACGAGGACGGUGCCUUCAGGACUGACAACAGCAACAUACUGCCUUUCCAGGACCGGAAUCGGCCCUUUGACGCUUUUAGCUUGCACUCUUUGGAGAAUUCCUUAAUGGAUAUGAUGAGGACUGACCAUGACAAAGGUAAAGCUCACCUUGCUGAUGGCCCACCAAUGACUAUGGCAGAUAUUAUAUGGAGGAAUCAUUUUGCAGGACGUAUGGGCAUCAACUUCCAUCAUCCUGGAGUAGACCACAUAAUGCCACUGAACACCCGGAGCUUUGGCCACAGAAGAGGUCGUUCCUACCUUUUUCCGUUUGAAGAUGGUUUCCUUGACGAUGGCCACGGCGACCCCUCCCUGACCCCAGGUUUGAACUCCCCGACCCGCUGCCAAAACGGAGACAGGAUGGAGCGAUACUCCAGGAAAGUCUUUGUUGGCGGUCUGCCCCCCGAUAUAGACGAAGAUGAGAUCACCAACAGUUUUCGUCGCUAUGGACACCUCGUGGUGGACUGGCCCCACAAAGCCGAGAGCAAAUCCUACUUCCCUCCGAAAGGUUAUGCCUUCCUGCUGUUCCAAGAAGAGACCUCGGUUCAAGCUUUGAUUGACGCCUGCAUCGAGGAGGACGGGAAGCUCUACCUGUGCGUGUCCAGUCCCACCAUCAAAGACAAGCCGGUCCAGAUCCGUCCGUGGAACCUGAGUGACAGCGAUUUCGUCAUGGAUGGCUCCCAGCCUUUGGACCCCCGUAAGACCAUCUUCGUAGGAGGGGUGCCACGGCCCCUGCGUGCAGUGGAGCUGGCUAUGAUCAUGGACCGCCUGUACGGGGGCGUGUGCUACGCCGGCAUCGACACCGACCCGGAGCUCAAGUACCCGAAGGGAGCCGGACGCGUGGCGUUCUCCAAUCAGCAGAGCUACAUCGCCGCCAUCAGCGCUCGCUUCGUUCAGCUGCAGCACAACGACAUCGACAAAAGGGUGGAGGUGAAGCCGUACGUCCUUGAUGACCAGAUGUGCGACGAGUGCCAGGGGGCGCGUUGCGGGGGCAAGUUCGCCCCCUUCUUCUGUGCCAACGUGACGUGUCUGCAGUACUACUGCGAGUACUGCUGGGCCAGCAUUCACUCGCGAGCGGGGCGAGAGUUCCACAAGCCACUGGUGAAGGAGGGGGGCGACCGCCCUCGACACGUGUCCUUCCGCUGGAGCUGAGUGGCGGUGGGCGGGGGCGGGGGGCCGCGGUCGACCACCCAUCCCCGGCCGCACACAUAAAGAAAAUAUCAUCCGUAACCACGAUAUCACACCUCCUGCCCCCCCACCCCACCCCCACCCGGGAAGUCAUAUUAGAUUUUGCACUUUGACACACACACACACACACACACACACACACACACACGCACACACACAGGAAGUAACUUCACUCGACUACUUUCAGCUCACUCUUCUGACGACUGGGCGGCGAGGUCCUGCUGAACCCCCCCCACCCCUUCAUAAUAACAUAGAGGUGGGACCAUAGGAAUAUUUAAAAAAAAAAAAGGUGUCUAUUUUUAUUUUAUAUCUGAUACUCACAAAUAUAUGGAUUUUGAUUUUAUGUUAAAAAAGCAUGCACUUAUUUUGAAAAGAAAUAGAUAUACUUCCCCUAGAGACUAAACUAAAAUCACCAAAGGCAAUUUAAAAGAAAUUCCAUGUAGCAUCGUUAAAUCUGGGGAAUGAAAAUAACACGCUUUAAUAUAUAUUUUUGAAUAUUAAUACCUCAUACACACAAACAAAUUAGUUGAUUUUCCUUCUUUUAAUAAUAACCUUAUUUUUUUAAAUGUAAUGCUGCGAUAGCUUUGCUGCUAAUUUAAUGGUAUGAUCCGAUACUACAAGUACUUUAUGGAGACAAAGAUGGCUGCCUGUCAUCCACUUUUAUUUCUCCCCGUGUUUGCACAACACGCUACAGAAUCACAGAGAGGCAGUGAACGCAUCACUGCUUCCGGUGACAACUUUUCUAAGUACCACAAAUCCAUAUGUAGUAUAACCAUGACAAAUCUAAGUACUUACUUGCAGUGAUUGUUGAUAGAAUUGUGCAAUUUUUGUAUCCAGACUACGCCUCCAAUGAGGCAGUAACGUCCGACGUAGACGUAGUCCCGUGAAGUACCAUCACAAUACAGUAUACUGCAUACUUGUACUCACCAAACGCAUGGCCCUCCGACGCACACAAAACAAUCUGAAGAGAAGACAACAACAAAAGAAAGAAAAACAUUAAAACUAGUGAAACGCUUUUAACGGCAGAUUUAAGCGCUCAUAAUGGUUCUAAGAUGCAGCCUGUUUGAAUACUUCCACCCACAAGGGGGCGCCACUGCUGCUGCAGUGAUGAUUCUGGUAUGGAUCAAUAGCUCCUUCAAUCAUUGGAGGAUUUCACAUGUUGAUCACGACGCAGGGAAAUAUUUUUGAACUUUUUUUUUUUUUUUUACAAUAUUUAACGCAGCAGUACAGUAAUCCCUCGCUAUUUUGCACUUAAAAUUUUGCGGCUUCACACAUCAACGUUCUUCAAAAAAAUAUAUGACGAAAAUCAUACUAUUUCAUGGUAUGAGUAUGACCUAUUUGUACUCCAAAAAAAGGCAUAUUUAAUAAAAUGUGACUUAUUUUUAGCCUAAAUUAAUAAUAAGUAUUGUACACUGGUCACUAGGUGGCAGCAAUGUUACUUUAAUGACACAAUAGCCAUGGAAGGAACAACAACGAGGAACUCUUCCCAGCGCUAACGUGUGUAAGUCUAUUAGUAAGUCUUAUUUUCUGUUGAGUAAUACGACUAUAAACGUGACUAUAGGGGUGUUAUUUAUGUCUCGAGGGCUCUAAUAAUGUUAAGUAUUUAGAAGGUCCUAAACAGCUUUUCUAAGCGCUAACGAAAUGAAGAAGGACUCCUACUUCACAAGAAUUCACUUAUCACGGUUGGGUCUGAUGUAGAUGAACUGCGAUAAACGAGGGAUUACUGUAUAAGACAAUGUUUCCUUUUCAUUGUAAAGAAUUGUGUGCAAAAUAACAAAACAAAGCCCCCGCUGUGUCCAACAACAUAUUUAAACUCAAUAUAGCAAAAUAUAAAUAAAAAUAAAUAACAUAAAAUACGUUUUUGAAGGUAAUAGACGAGACCUGAUAAUAUUGAUACGGACACUACCCUCGAUCUCGACACUAUUUGGAUGGAUCUUAAUCGAAGCUAACGGGUGUAGGCUAAUGGCACAUUGUUCUCUCGGUUUACCUUCUGUAUCCACUUUUAUUUUGUCCUGCAAAGCUUGAAGUAACAGACCUGCUAACAAUCUGUGUUUUUUUAUAUCAUGAAAAAGUGACGGCGUGCAGCGAUGACACUGGUUUUAGCAGUUUUGUGGACAAUCCAAGUUCAUUUAUGAGCAGCCCGUCUCCUCUUUUAGUCGCAAACUGUUUUUGUUCUGGGAAAAAAAAAAGCAGGAUAUAUAUUUUUUACUGAUAGAAGCUAACCAUAAGUAUCCCUAUGAAAGUGAAUUCUGGGUGUUUUUUGGUGACAUUUCUUUUCUUCACCCAGGCAGGUUUUUAUGCGAGUCCACGCUCUGUAGGAUUGUUUGUUGUGCACUACUCUAUCUAUUCUCGUUGACAGUCAGCAGACAGAAAAAAACGAAAAAAAAAAAAAAGACGAAGCUCGCUUUCUGACUGACACCAUCUUUUGCAAUACCUCAAUUUUGAAAUGCUGUUUUCUAACUAAGUUUAUCCAGAUGAAAAACAUAUAUUAAUUUAAUUCAAGAGAAAUUAUUUAACAAUGAUUUUUUUGUUACUUUAUUUGACUUUAUAUACAUUUAACCAUGACAGCUGAAGGAGUCUGAGCUUUUUGUGUAAGUUAGCGUGUGAUUACAGUGGAAUCUCGGUUAGCAUGUUUUUCUAAAUUUUGACCCAGUUUGCGUACAUUUUCCCGUUAUCACAGUGCGAGUCCAACACUGUUCUUAAUGUAUUUUUAUCCAAAAUCAUCUGUUAGCAUCCUUAGCUUGCUAACAAAAUGGCAACCGGACCGGGUAGAUGGCAUCAAAAACACAUUUUUAAACUUUUACAUGCAAAAAACAAUUCAAUGACUAAUAAAAGGGAAUUGCUUUUACUCUCUUGGAAGACGUGAUUGUUGCAGCGAGAUCACAACUUCCCUGUUUGUUUUUUUAAACAUUAUUGAAUUCCAGAAAUAACUCAUGGCAAAACAGGAAGGUGGUGUUGAAGAGGAAGGUGUUGAUCUCGCUGUCAUAGUGUCUUUGGGUGUCUUCAAUGAAGGUGAAACCCUUUUGUAUGUAAUUUGAAUUGUUUUCUGAAUGUAAAAUUACAAAAUUUGUGUUUUUUUACAUGCAACUUUAGGGAAUUUCUGGAAGGGAUUGAUGACGCUAACUGAGGUUCUGCUGUAUAGUUUAUUAGUAGACGUUGGAAAAUAUCAAUAUCACCCCACUUUUUGUAUAUUUUUUUCAUUUUUCUAAAAAUGUGUGCUCCUCUAUUUUUGUUUAGUGUUUUUAACCCUGACAUGCCGUCACAGGGAGUGGAUGUUGUAAGAAAAGAAUGUUAUUUGAUGAAACAUAAAGCAGACCCAGGUUGAGCGAAAGCCCCCCCGAGGUGCAUCAAUCGACCGGCGGCCUUCUCAUGCAACACUUGAAUAUGUCCCAUUUGGUUUGUUUUUGUUUUUCUAAAGCUAAGAACUCUUUGUUGUUAUGUGCAAUACCCUUUGUACUGUUUGUAGAAAAGACGAAAAGAAGAAAAAAAGCAUAAAUCUUUACUGCAGAAUUAUUUUCAUUGCAUUGUGAUUCACAAAAGAAAUCAUUUUCUACUGUGUAUUGACCUGCUCUACCUGCUAGUACCUUCCAGUAGUAUGUAGCCUUUGUACUGAGAAAUUUUUCAUUAUUUUUUAGAACAUUUUGCUAAAACAAAAAAAACACAAGACUAACAUAUUUACAUAUUUUUAUUUCAUAUUUGCUUUAUUUCCCAACCUUGUCGGGGAAACUUUCAUAUUCGGUCAAUGUCUUUCAUAAUAUUAUUUUGUAUUUUUACUUGGAGUAAAUUCAUUUUAUGAAGAUAAUUCUUUCAAAUUGAUUUUAUAUUUUCACUUUUAUUUUUGAAGCUGGAAAAAAAAUAUCUAAUAAUGUUACUUAAGUGUCUGACUGCUUAGCUUUGUGUGUUAACGGGCUUAUCAGUGUGGAAAAUAAUAUACAGUAACUACACAAACAACAGAUUGGGGCUUGAUGAUGUUAAAAGUGAUCUGCAAUGUAAAAAAUAAAUCUAAUAAAAACAACUGACAGGAGCAUAUCCACAA